AUGAACCCCUCAUCACCAGCCAAGAGACGCGCCCUCGCGCCCCUGGACGCGAACGUCAACGCGAUGUCGCCCAAACGCCAGCUGCACAACAAGACCACGAUGCUUGGCUCGCCUCUCAAGAGCCCAAUCAAGUCUCCCCUGGGCCUGAAGAGGUCCCUCGACACCGUCAUCUUCGACGAGAACAGCGUCGUCCCCAAGAAGAAGCAGUGCCAGGAGCCCGUCAAGGUCGCCGCACCCUCGCCCGUACCCGCACCCGCACUGUCACUCAAGGCGGAGCGUGUGUCUGCUGCAGCAGCUUCUCCCGCACCCGCAGCAACGUCCACGCCGCCUCCUGCACCCGCACAGACCGAGGAGGACAUGCCCGACGCGAAGGAGGUGAGGGACCUGCAUACAUCACCCGAGGGGAGCGAAGCUAAUGCGUGUGAGGUACCGCAGCAAACGACGCAAGAAGAACCCCUCCAUCUCAAGCCCGAGAAGAAGGACGCCAUCACCACCGCCGCGGACGACGAGCAGACGCAACGGCAGCAGACGCCUCGCAGGUCCGCGUCCCCCGCCACGUCGUCCGUGUUCGAUAACUCCGCCAUGGACACGUCCCAGAACACCACCAUCCUCACCGAGCCGGACCAGGAGCACGCGGCCACGACGACGACGACGACGACGACGCUGCCGCCGCCGAGGCCGAGGAGGUUGUUGACGCGCGAGGAGGCGCGACAGAAAGCUCGCAUCUUGAGGCUGAAGCUCGGCCUCGCCAACUACAAGCUCCAGACGGGGCAGGAAGACGUGCCCCUCGACAGGCUGCAGGUCAAGCCGCUGCCCGGGCAGGAGAAGAGGGCGUUGCCGAGGGUCACGGUACAGCCGCCCUCGAGCCGCGACGGACCCCCUGAGAGCGAGGCCACCAUCGAGGCGGACGACCGCAGGGAGGAGGAGACGCAAGAGGAGGAGGUCGUGGUGACCAAGCCUGAGAAGGCUACGCUACAAACCGUCCCCGAGGAGACUUCGACGGCCGAGGAUUCAGCAAGCCCUGUCUGCGGAGGGGCCGUGAGCAGUCUGCUCAGUCUGGCGAGGGCCUCGUCGUCCGUGUCUGCCUCGUCAUGA